AUGAUCCACAAAAGCGGGCACAUAUCGAUCAGCAAACAGCGAGGAGUAGCCAGGUGUCCCCCGCGCAAACACUUCACCCUCCGCGGGCCCACUCGCGCGCCGCCCCGGGCUCUACAUCAAAAUGACGACGGAAAUCCCAUAUUGCCUACAUCGGGGACGGAAGCACGAUUUUAUAAGUUAAGGGAUUUGUGUCAAUAUUGUACUAGGAUACGACGGACCCAUCGCGAGUUACAAUUCUUCGGUUACAUCCGCGCGCAUCCUCUAGCCUGGCGACGCAAUUCAAAACUUUAUUAA